GCUUGAAGACCAAUUAGAGCCCCGGAAGCGCGGCGGGCCAGCCAGACGGGGGCGGGCUAAAGGGUGACAUCUGUGCUUUAAAGGGUCCGGGUCAGCUGACGCCCGACCCUGUGGAGUCUAGCUGCAGGGCUGUCAGCCGCUGAAGGUAGAGAUGACCGGCGAACGACCUAGCAUGGAGCUCCCGGGCAGACUCUGGGGGCCAUGGAUUCUGGGCUUCUGGGGAGGCUGCAGGGUUCAGGUGUUUGCUGCGAUCUUCCUGCUGCUGUUGUCUCUGGCAGACUCCCGGUCCAGGGCUGAGAAAGACUUCGGUCUGGUGCAGCCGCUGGUGACCAUGGAGCAACUGCUGUGGGUGAGCGGGAGACAGAUCGGCUCAGUGGACACCUUCCGCAUCCCACUCAUCACAGCCACUCCUCGGGGCACUCUCCUCGCCUUUGCUGAGGCGAGGAAAAUGUCCUCAUCCGAUGAGGGGGCCAAGUUUAUCGCCCUGCGGAGGUCCAUGGACCAGGGUAUAAAGUUGCCUGGACUCUCCUUCUGUAACACCCAGUUCUUCCCACAGAAACAGCGGGAGCCACGGAAGGGCCGCCUCAUUGUGUGUGGCCAUGGGACGCUGGAGCGGGAUGGAGUCUUCUGUCUCCUCAGUGAUGAUCAUGGUGCCUCCUGGCACUACGGAAGUGGAGUCAGCGGUAUCCCCUAUGGCCAGCCCAAGCGGGAAAAUGAUUUCAAUCCUGAUGAAUGCCAGCCCUAUGAGCUCCCAGAUGGCUCAGUCGUCAUCAAUGCCCGAAAUCAGAACAACUACCACUGCCACUGCCGGGUCGUCCUCCGCAGCUAUGAUGCCUGUGAUACACUGAGGCUCCGUGACGUGACCUUUGACCCUGAGCUCGUGGACCCUGUGGUAGCUGCAGGAGCUGUAGUCACCAGCUCCGGCAUUGUCUUCUUCUCCAACCCAGCACAUCCAGAGUUCCGAGUGAACCUGACCCUGCGCUGGAGCUUCAGCAAUGGUACCUCAUGGCGAAAAGAGACAGUUCAGCUGUGGCCAGGGCCCAGCGGCUACUCAUCCCUGGCAACCCUAGAGGGCAGUAUGGAUGGAGAAGAGCAGGCCCCCCAGCUCUACGUCCUGUAUGAGAAAGGCCGGAGCCACUACACAGAGAGCAUCUCCUUGGCCAAAAUCAGUGUCUAUGGGACGCUCUGAGCUGUGCUGCUGCCACAGGGAUAUUAGGCCCAGGACUCUGCCUUCAGGACCACGGGUCUGUAGAGGGUCUGCUGGAGAUGCCUAAAAGACAGUUCCAUCUUCCUUUAGACUUCGGCCUCAGCAAAAUCACUUUCCCUUUACCAGGGAAAUCACUUCUGUUAGGACUGAAAGCCAAGCUUCCUCUCCCACAAAAGAAGUCCUGACCUCACCUGAAAACACUUCCUUCCCAUGUGGCCAAAUGUGGCCCCACCACCCUCUCUGUUCUCCCGGGACAUGAUUGGUCCUGUCUGGGGCAGGGCUAGUGAGCCGUAGAAUUGAAUCAAUGUGAACUCAGGGAACUGGAGAAGGCCGAGCUUCCUCUUUGGUGUUGGGGUAAGAUAACCGCUCCCCGAGUGGCAGGAUGUUUGGUUUCAGGUUAUGGACUAGGUGUACCACCCCCAUUGACUAUUUGCCAGUGAAAAUGUUUGUAACUUAAAAUUUUUAAUGAAGGAGAAUGAAUAUUUGUAAAGUCUU